GCCUCUGAAACAAACCUGUUGAGGAGAUCUCUCUCUAUAAAGCCCGUUCCAUCCCCAUGCACAAGUUAACAUUCUUAUCCGUCUGAUCACCUUCACCACAAAAUGGCUAGUCAUCCGAUUUUGGUAAUUGUCGCCAUAGCUUUUCUAACCACACUCGCCUGGGGAAGUGCGUCCGCACAACUCUCUACGAACUUCUACUCCAAAAGUUGCCCCAAUGUUUUGAGCACGGUGAAACCCGUUGUUGCGUCCGCGGUGUCGAAAAAGCGCCGCAUGGGUGCUUCUCUCCUUCGCCUCUUCUUUCAUGAUUGCUUCGUUAAUGGGUGCGAUGGCUCGAUACUCCUAGACGACACAUCCUCGUUCCGAGGGGAGAAGACGGCUGGCCCAAAUAAUAAUUCGGUAAGAGGAUACAACGUCAUCGACCAGAUCAAGUCCAAGGUGGAGUCCGCCUGUCCUGGCGUGGUUUCUUGUGCAGACAUUGUAGCCAUUGCUGCUCGCGACUCGGUGGUCCUACUGGGCGGGCCAAGUUGGGAAGUGAAACUGGGAAGAAGAGACGCAAGGACCGCGAGCUUCUCCGUCGCCAACAGUGGAGCCCUUCCCCCUCCGACUUCAACGCUCGCCAGCCUCAUCUCUAAUUUCAAAGCUCAGGGCCUCUCCACCAGGGACAUGGUUGCCUUGUCUGGGUCUCACACCAUAGGGCAGUCAAGGUGCACGAGCUUCAGAUCUCGCAUAUACAACGACAGCAACAUCGACAGCUCCUUUGCCAAGAUUAGGCAGCGCAAGUGCCCCCGCACCGUUGGGUCUGGGGAUAGCAAUCUGGCUCCUCUCGACCUCCAAUCGCCCACUGCCUUCGACAACGCCUACUUUAAGAACUUGAUCAGCAACAAGGGCCUUCUUCACUCGGACCAGGAGCUCUUCAAUGGCGGAUCCACCGACUCUCUCGUCAAGACGUACUCCAACAACCCCAAGACCUUCAACUCUGACUUUGCUUCCGCCAUGAUCAAGAUGGGUGACAUCAACCCCCUCACGGGUUCCAAAGGCGAAAUUCGCAAGAUCUGUAGCAAGGUCAAUUAGAGUCUCUACGCCUUGUCUCACCACACGUGGUUGUGGAAAAGAGGAGGUUAUUCUCUCUAAUGUUCAGUAAAAAACCAGGAUGAGUAGGCAAUGCGAAUGCCCCCAACCAAACCGACGGGGAAGUAUUUUGUUGUCGAGAAAGUGUAACUUUGAUUUCUGUAGCCAGUCUGUAUUUGAGAUUUCUCAGUGGGAAUAAAACCUUGAACAAUUCAACGUUGGACUUA